UUUUCACAACGGCCAAUCAAAGAAUGUUUUUCUCUAACCUAACUUCCGGUAAACGCCGACCAGUGAAACAUUCACCUCUUGAUUCAACCUCAGCUUUUCCGGACAUCCCUCGCAAAAUGUCCGACAGCGAGGAUCUAAAGAUGAUGAAGGGCGACGACGAGUAUGUAAUCAAAGUCCGUGGCUUGCCUUGGUCAACAACAGUGGAUGAGAUUUUGAAGUUUUUCGGUGAUUGCAACAUCAAGAAUGGAAAACUUGGCAUCCAGAUGACCAUGUCUCGAGAAGGGCGUCCCAGCGGCGAGGCGUACAUUGAGAUGGAGUCGCAGGAGGACAUAGACCAGGGCCUCAAGAAGGACAAAGAGCACAUGGGCCACAGAUACAUUGAAGUUUUUAAGGCCAAGAGGUCUGAAAUGGACUGGGUAGUCAAAAGAAGUGGCCUAAAUUUGGAGAAUGCAAUGGACGACGGCUGCGUCCGCCUUCGCGGUUUGCCCUUCGGCUGUUCCAAGGAGGAAAUUGCACAGUUCUUCUCAGGGAUGGAGAUAGUACCCAACGGGAUUUCGUUACCGACAGACUACCAGGGAAGAAGCACUGGGGAGGCAUACGUUCAGUUUAUUAACAAGGAGGUGGCUGAGAAAGCUCUACUGAAACACAAGGAGAAAAUAGGACACAGAUACAUAGAAAUAUUCCGCAGUAGCUUAUCCGAGGUACGAGCUGCGUUGGGCCCCAAGAUGCGCCCCAUGGGGUUUUCGCAGCGGCCGGCGCCCUAUGAUAGAGGAGAUCGCUACGGGGGUAUGAACCGCUAUGGAAUGGGCCGCGGGUCGCGCAGCUUCAAGGGGUAUGGGGAUUAUGACGACGGCUGGGGCUACAAUGACAACAAUUGGGGGGGCCCACGGGGUAGCCGAGGGUCCGCGAUGAAACCUGGAGGCGGCAACUAUGGAGGCAGGGGUGGUGGUGGUGGUGGGGGAGGCGGUGGCAUGUGGCAAAAUGACGGAGGCCACUGUGUGCACAUGAGGGGUCUCCCCUUCCGGGCCACUGAAAACGACAUUGCAGAGUUUUUCAGGCCACUUAACCCUGUCAACAUUAGGUUGAUCCACGACAACUCUGGUAGAGCAUCUGGAGAGGCUGAUGUCGAGUUCGAGUCCCACGACGACGCUGUCAAAGCCAUGAACAAGGACAAGGCGCACAUGCAGCACCGAUACAUUGAACUGUUCCUCAAUUCCACUCCUGGAGGCGGUGGCUCUGGAGGUGGCGGAGGAGGAGGAAUGGGCAGUAGCAACGGAAACUACGGAGGUAGUGGUGGAAACAGCUAUGGGGGCGGUGGUUACGGAGGUGGAGGCAGCGGCGGUGGAGGAGGUAUGGGCAACAACUUCCGUGGUGGUUUUCCCAGCGGUGGUAUGGGCAACAACAUGGGAUAUAAUCAGAUUGGCGGCAAUAACUACAAUAACUUCUGAAUAUACACAAACUCAUCAAAUUCAAACUGACUCUGUACUAGAUCAAAUUGACCUCAAAAAGUAUUGAAUAAUUUUGUAAGCAACUGUAAACGCCAUAUUUUGUUGGCCGAACCACUACUGUGUAAUGAUUCUGAGACAAAUUGUAUGUGAGAUCUGUACGGUGCCUACGCAUCUGUUUUUUCAAAGCCAUGCUGCUGAUUCAUCAUUCCCUCGUAUAAUUGUGCGUCACGUUUCCAUCAAUUUCAUCAUUUUAUUUAAGAACUAAUUUUAAGGUGGGCAUUUUAUCUGAUACCUAACCUUUCGUGUCCUGUGUAGGUAUAUAACUGCCAACAAAUAAAAUUUGAAUGGUCACCUCUAUAAUGUGUUUUGCUCCAUUUAGUGUUA